AUGCUGCUGCUGCUGCUCCUGGCUCUGCUGGGCCCCGCUGGCUGCCCCAGGACAGAGCCCCUGAGCGGUGGCUCCAGCCAGGAGCCGCUGUUCCGCGGCGCCGACCGCUACGACUUCGCCAUCGUCGUCCCCGCCGGCACCGCCGAGUGCUUCUGGCAGUUCUCACACCAGGGAGGAAACUUCUUCUUCAGCUACGAGGUCCAGCGGGCGACGGGGAUUGGGAACAGCAGGAGCAUCCUGGUGACAGCGAGUGACCCCAAUGGCUUCCAGCUGGGAGUGUCCCAGGACGUGCGAGGACAGAUCAACUUCCUCACCAAGGACACGGGUUUCUACCAGCUCUGCCUGGACAACCACCAGAACCACUUUGGCUUAAUGCAGGUGUAUCUCAACUUUGGUGUGUACUACGAUGACUUCAACAUGGAGCACAAGCAGCCAGCAGAGAAGAAGGAGCUGAACGACACCCUGGAGGCGAUUGGGGCGAGCAUCCAGAAGCUGCACAUGCACACCUUCCACAUGUGGCGCUUCUACAACUUUGCCCGGAUGAGGAAAUGGGCUGACUCCUUCCUCCUGGAGUCCAACUACAACUACAUCAACUGGUGGUCCAUGGCCCAGAGCUGUGUCAUUGUCCUGUCUGGGGUGCUGCAGCUCUGCUUCCUCAAGCGCCUCUUCCAUGCCCAAACCUCGGGCAGCCAGAGGUGCUAGAGCAGGGCAGGGAUGCUGCCACUGUCCCACCACAGAGUAGGAGCAGAGGCUGGAUUCUGCUUCCAGGAGGAGGCUGGAGAGUUCCCCCUGCUCCUGCCUCAGCUCUAGCCCUGGCAACACCCCGAGAAAAGUCAAAGGCCAUGCUGUCACCCGAGUUCUGCGAGCUGUGUGGGUUUGUCACAUCCCUACCCACUGUUGGUGUCUUAAGGGGCUUUUUCUACCAGACUCCCAAUAAAGGAACCCCUGGCAGAGGCCGGGGAGAAACUACUGCGUGCUAAAG